AGGCCGCCCGCGCCCGGCCCCGCCGCCGCCGCCGCAGCCCGGCCGCGCCCCGCCGCCGCCGCCGCCGCCGCCGCCGCCGCCAUGGGCUGCCUCGGAAACAGCAAGACCGAGGACCAGCGCAACGAGGAGAAGGCGCAGCGCGAGGCCAACAAGAAGAUCGAGAAGCAGCUGCAGAAGGACAAGCAGGUCUACCGGGCCACGCACCGCCUGCUGCUGCUGGGUGCUGGAGAGUCUGGGAAAAGCACCAUCGUGAAGCAGAUGAGGAUUCUGCAUGUUAAUGGGUUUAAUGGAGAGGGCGGCGAAGAGGACCCGCAGGCUGCAAGGAGCAACAGCGAUGGUGAGAAGGCCACCAAAGUGCAGGACAUCAAAAACAACCUGAAGGAGGCGAUUGAAACCAUUGUGGCCGCGAUGAGCAACCUGGUGCCCCCUGUGGAGCUGGCCAACCCCGAGAACCAGUUCAGAGUGGACUACAUUCUGAGCGUGAUGAACGUGCCUGACUUUGACUUCCCACCUGAAUUCUAUGAGCAUGCCAAGGCUCUGUGGGAGGAUGAGGGAGUGCGUGCCUGCUACGAGCGCUCCAAUGAGUACCAGCUGAUUGACUGUGCCCAGUAUUUCCUGGACAAGAUUGAUGUGAUCAAGCAGGCCGACUACGUGCCGAGCGACCAGGACCUGCUCCGCUGCCGUGUCCUGACCUCUGGAAUCUUUGAGACCAAGUUCCAGGUGGACAAAGUCAACUUCCACAUGUUCGAUGUGGGCGGCCAGCGCGAUGAGCGCCGCAAGUGGAUCCAGUGCUUCAAUGAUGUGACUGCCAUCAUCUUCGUGGUGGCCAGCAGCAGCUACAACAUGGUCAUUCGGGAGGACAACCAGACCAACCGCCUGCAGGAGGCUCUGAACCUCUUCAAGAGCAUCUGGAACAACAGAUGGCUGCGCACCAUCUCUGUGAUUCUGUUCCUCAACAAGCAAGAUCUGCUUGCUGAGAAAGUCCUCGCUGGAAAAUCGAAGAUUGAGGACUACUUUCCAGAGUUCGCUCGCUACACCACUCCUGAGGAUGCGACUCCCGAGCCCGGAGAGGACCCACGCGUGACCCGGGCCAAGUACUUCAUUCGAGAUGAGUUUCUGAGAAUCAGCACUGCCAGUGGAGAUGGGCGCCACUACUGCUAUCCUCACUUCACCUGCGCUGUGGACACCGAGAACAUCCGCCGCGUGUUCAACGACUGCCGUGACAUCAUCCAGCGCAUGCACCUCCGCCAGUACGAGCUGCUCUAAGAAGGGAACCCCAAAUUUAAUUACAGCCUUAAGCACAAUUAAUUAAAAGUGAAACGCAACUGUGCACGCAGUUAGUCACCCACCAUAGGGCAUGACUAACAAAGCAACCUUUCCUUUCCCCCAAGUGAUUUUGCGAAACCCCCUUUUCCCUUCAGCUUGCUUAGAUGUUCCAAAUUUAGAAAGCUUAAGGCGGCCUACAGAUAAAAAAGAAAAAGAAAAAGGCCACAAAAGUUCCCUCUUCUCUUUCAGUAAAUAAAUAACAGCAGCAAACAGAAAUAAAGAAAUAAAUGAAACAAAUGAAACAAAUGAAAUAAAUAUUGUGUUGUGCAGCAUUCAAAAAAUCAAAAUAAAAAUUAAAUGUGAGCAAA